AUGAUCAACGCCGCACAACAGAAUUCAUUAGUGGACUGCGGCGACGCCAUACAGUCUCCGUCUUUACGAGAUUCGAUGUUUUACUGUCGUUUAAGUGUCUUUCUUACCGAACGCGACGGCCUCAACCUGUUUUCCUUGUUAAUGGGGCAUCAGUCGUCGGCUUCAGCACCAGCGCCAGCCAGCCACAGUUCGGAUUCACCAGCGAUGGGCUUCGAGAAGAGAACGGUGAAGAUCAUGGUGAUCGUCCUCGUUCUCCUAUUGGUGAUCGAGCUGGAGGUGUGGCCGCGUUCGGAUGAGUAUAAUCAUGAGGAGCCCCUGAUCCACUUCCGGGUCAACGACCCCGGCAGCUGGCACCCGUGGUACAAACGUAUCUCCGACUUCCUAAGCGACUAUGAGACCAACGUGCCAGAGGAUCCGCCAAGAGCCCCCUGCUCGGUGCAACGUCACGAGCAGCGCGUCCCCAACCCGAACUGCGAGCGCGCCCUCAGCGUGUGGGCGCCGUGCAUCGCUGACAACUUCUAUGGGUACCGCGACGGGACACCUUGCGUGUUCCUGAGGCUGUCGCACUAUCAGCGUCCGGCGAGCGUGUUCGGGGACUACGUGUGGGUGUCCUGCGGCGGCGAGUUCGCCGCCGACCAGGAGAACAUAGGGCCCCUGCAGUACGUGCCGGCCACGCAGCCGCCCGGCUUCCCAACGGCGCGGCUGCUCACCGCCGACCACGUGCCGCGCGCCGCCCGCUCCCGCCCCGACCCCCUCUCUGGGCCCCUGGUCGCAGUGCUCUUCGAGAACCCGCGCCGUACG